AUGGAUACUUACGACGAGGGCGAUGUUCCUGCCGAAGGAAUCGAACUUCCUACUGUCUUUGCUACUGCUCAAUUCACUGCUGCUCUAGAAGGAUUCGAUACUGUAACUGCUUUAUCAUCCCAAGAUGCUCAGCAACAAGUCAAGAUCCCUUCUCCUGUUGCUCAAUUCCUCACCCAGUUUCAUGCUCAUCUUGUCGAACGUAACACUUGGGAACUCCAUGCGUUUUACGAAAACUCUUUCAAUCAACUUACUGAAAAGUUUUAUGCAAAGGCUUCCUGGCCCGAGGCAGAUACCAUUUCACACUUGGUGAAUGAUGAUCCAACCUUUUUGAUCCUGUACAAGGAACUGUAUUACCGUCAUUUGUACUCCAAGAUGCAGCCUACUCUGGAUGACCGUGUUCGUUCCUAUACAAACUAUUGUGAUUUGUUCAACUUUAUCUUGAACUCGUCUGAUGAGCCCUGUGAGCUUGAUCUGCCUAGCCAAUGGCUCUGGGAUAUUAUUGAUGAGUUUAUUUAUCAAUUCCAGUCUUUUUCACAGUAUCGCAACAAGCCAAAACACAAGACUGACUACGAGAUCAACUUGCUCAAAUCACGUCCUGAUGUAUGGAAUGUGCACAAUGUGCUCAAUGUGUUGUACUCGCUUAUCCAGAAAUCUCAGAUUAAUGAGCAGCUGGUGGCUUUCCGUAAUGGUGAAGAUCUAGUUGCUGCUGCUGGAGAGCUUGGAAGCAAGCCUCUGUAUCGCAUGCUCGGCUACUUUAGUUUGGUGGGAUUGCUGCGUGUUCACUGUCUUCUUGGCGACUACAUGCUUGCUCUGGAAACCAUGCAGAACGUCGAUCCUGGCCAACGUGGUCUUUUUUCAAGAAUCACUGCAUGCCAUGUCACCACUUACUACUAUAUUGGAUUUGCCUAUCUCAUGAUGCGCCGAUAUACCGAUGCGAUCAAGAUGUUUGCCAACAUCCUCAACUUUGUGUCCCGUACUAAGCACUAUCAUAACCGAUCGUACCAGUAUGAGAUGAUUCUUCGAAAGAGUGAUCAAAUGUAUGCUCUGCUUUCCAUGAGUCUUGUCUUGUCUCCCCAGAAAAUUGAUGAAAAUAUCAACAAUACUUUAAAGGAGAAAUACGGUGAACAGUACCAAAAGAUGCAAAAAGGAGAGGAUGGUUUGAGCACGUUUGAAGAGCUUUUCCUGUAUGCUUGCCCAAAAUUCAUCUCGCCAUCAGCACCAGAUCUUGAAAGCGAAGGUUCACUUAUCCACGAUGCAGUAAAGCACCAAGCCAGGAUCUUUCUUAGUGAUAUCAAGACUCAAAUUCUUGUACCAACUCUUCGAUCCUAUCUCAAGCUAUACAACAAUCUUCCAAUGGAAAAGCUUGCCACCUUUUUAGAAACCACUCCAGAAGAUGUACGUCGCCAGCUUCUUGUCUUUAAACACAAGUCGCGUCAAGUAGUCUGGCACCAUGGACCCAUUUCCACAGGCUCGCUCAUCUCUACUACUGAUCUUCAACUUUAUCUCAAACAGGACACUGUGUAUAUUGCCGAAACAAAGACAGGACGACGUGUUGCAGACUGGUUCAUUCGCAACAUGAACAAAUUUGAGGAUAUUGUUGAUGGUAUGGAAAAGAAAUCUACAGCUAUUGCAGCACACUCCAACUGAGAAUCGACAGAUUGACUACAGCCAAGACUGAAUAAAUAAAACUUUGAAUAUUUGG